AACAAAAUUAAUUUAGUAAUUUCACUGCCGAAAUAUGAGUACUAUAUAUGGCAGAAAGACGGACAAGAGUUGUAGAAUAGCUUUUGUGAGGUAGUAGCAGUUCGCACAUUUGCGAAUAGGUUUCGUGGAGGAACAGAGCAUUUUGGUUGCGAAAUAUUUUAGAUCAAUUGCCUUAGUAUACACAAAACCAAAAAAAGCUGGAAAUAAUUUGCCAACAUAAUAAAACUCAUUAAUGUUUUUAAACAAAAUGAUGCAAGCGAAAAAUUUUGCUGUUGUUAAUUUCCGCUACACAAAAACUUUGAGCUUAUCAAACAUAAGACUAUUCCAAUCUAAUCAGCAGAUAUUGCAACAAACGCAAGCAGCCGAAGUAAAUUUAGAAGCCGAUUCGGAAUGGAAUCAAGCUAAACCUUUCAGUGAAAUACCCACUGAUGGAGCUCUUAAUGUUUUAAGAAAAAUGCUGCCCGGUGGAAAGUAUUAUAAGAAAGACAGUGUGAAAUUACUAACACAAUGGAAGGAAGACUAUGGCGAAAUGUUUGUAAUGCCAGCUAUGCUUGGAAGAAAGGCAUUCUUAAUUACUAAUAAUCCUGAACACUUUGAGCGCGUGUUUCGAAAUGAGGGUAUUUGGCCUAUACGACCGGGGUCAGAAGCACUCAGGUAUCAUAGAGAGAAAUACAGAGCAGAGUUUUAUCAGGACAUUGAAGGACUUAUAGCAACUCAAGGCGACAAAUGGGGUAAAUUUCGAACAGUAGUAAAUCCUGUGCUAAUGCAACCAAAAAAUGUUAAAUUAUAUUUGCAAAAAAUGUCACAGGUCAACUUAGAACUAAUAGAUAGAAUCAAAGAAAUACGUGAUCCAAUAACACUUGAAGUACCUGAUAAUUUUGAAGAUGAAAUUAAUCGUUGGACCUUAGAAUCGGUAUCUGUUGUUGCACUGGACAGGCAAUUAGGUCUGCUUAAGGAAAAUAGGGAUAAUGUAGCAGCCAAAGCAUUGUUUAAGAAUCUAACAGAGUUCUUCACGUUAUCUCUUGAACUAGAAUUCAGACCAUCGUUGUGGAAAUUUAUACCAACAAAAACAUUCAGGAAUUUCAUGAAGUGUUUAGACAAUAUACAAGAUAUUACUUUAAAUUAUGUAAACAAUGCACUACAACGUUUGGAAAAGGAGCGAGAAGCUGGUAUUGAGAGGCCAGAAAAUCAAAAAAGUGUCUUAGAGAAGUUAUUAAGAAUUGACAAGAAAAUAGCUACAGUAAUGGCAAUGGAUAUGUUAAUGGCAGGUGUAGAUACAACUUCGAGUACAUUUGCUGGCAUUAUGUUGUGUUUAGCAAAAAAUCCCGAAAAGCAGGAGAAACUACGAGAAGAAAUUUUAAAAAUUUUACCAGAAAAAUGUUCAGAUUUUACUGACAGUUCAUUAACAAAUAUGCCAUAUCUACGUGCAUGCAUUAAAGAAUCACUACGGUUAUAUCCUUUAAUUGUUGGUAAUGCGCGCGUACCUCAAAAAGAUGUAGUGCUAAGCGGAUAUCAGGUACCGAAGGGGACUCAGGUUUCUAUGGUUGCAACAACUUUGUUACAAAAUGAGAAAUAUUAUACAAAGCCGAAAGAAUUUAUACCAGAACGCUGGCUAAGACAAAGCAAAGAGAUGGCGAAUAAUGAAAUCAACGAGUUUAAGGGCACAAAUCCAUUUAUUUAUUUACCGUUUGGAUUUGGUUCCAGAAGUUGUAUUGGAAGAAGAAUAGUUGAAAUGGAACUGGAAUUAGGUGUUGCUAGAAUUUUACGAAAUUUUAAAGUAGAAUUUAACUACCCAGUCGAUGAGCCUUUUAAGGCCUUAUUAAUAAAUGUGCCAAACAUACCACUUAAAUUUAAAUUUACAGAUAUCUAAUUUGUACAUAGUGGUAAAAAUUAUUAAAUUAAAUUAAUUUUUUAUAUAUU